UCUUCUUCAACUUCAGCCAGAAGCCGCUCGCUGAGGCGACAUUGAGUUGUUAAAUUUGAUAGUCUUGUUGUGCAUUCCGUUUUAGCAGCAGUGUCUUCGUGCUUGCUGUCGUGCUGUGUGGGAUGGGUAACGGUAACGGCUACGCGUUGUGAUGGAGGAAUUUUUCAUUUCGUUUCGGCGAUCAAGAUUCUUCUGAAGGAUAGUUUGACAGUCGUCAGUGCUUUCGGUUCUUUGUGUGAGAAUGAUUCACAGGAUGUGGCUAUGAUAAAAGAGUGUUGUAUACAAUCUUUGUGACCUGUCGUGACUAUAGUUCUUGGACGACUGGGCUUGCAAACCGUUUCCAAUACAAAAUCAUCAUAAGUAACAAUGUAAACAUGUGAUCUUCUGGAAUUGUGAUAAGAUUGCCGUUUUAUUUAUCAUAAUUUAAUUUUCUGUAGCUUUCUUGUGAACAUGACUAAAAUAUAUGGUGUGUUACUGACAAACCAGUAUCUGAAUUUACGCCUAUUGAGUGAACACACCGUUUUCGAACCAAUCCGGAUUUACCCGAACCAGUGACCUUCUCUUCUUUUGAUAAACCGGAUUUACCCGAUUCAGUGACCUGUUGAUCCGGUUAGAAUCCGGAUAAUGAGUAAACGAGUCCCAAUACCAAACGACUUGGCUGGAUCUUUCUUGUGGAGUUUUUUGCCCUCCCCUUCACCCUAUGGGGACACACUCUCUGAAGGAAGAAGAUCAUGAGAACUGGGAUGUGACCAAUCCUGGUGUUUGUUAGUCGCACGAAAGCGAAGUGAAAGAAGAAGAAGAAAGAAAGAAAGAACGAAAUCUUUUCCCCCCUCCAAAUCUCUGAAGAAAGACGGCGGUGGCAAAGACUUCCACCAUUGCACCGACAGUGGUGUAUACGGUACUGGUUCUGGGCCCGGCCCCAGACAAAAUGGCCGCCGGCUCCGAGGAGGAUGGGGAGGUGAGGACGGACGUGUACGAUGGACAGAAGGAGGAGAGGAGGCUGAGGGAGGAGGAGGCCGGGGGAGGCAAGAAGGAGGGGGAAGAGAAGGAGGACGUGGACAGUAACGCCAUGUGGAACACGCUGUAUAAGAUUGGAGGAGCGCUGGAGCCGCUCAUGCCGUCGGACCGGAACUCGAACGGGGUCUGUCCCAAGUCCGCCACGGAUUCCUGUCCCUCUGGCCACCAGCUGAAGCAGUGUAAGACAGGCCAGGGGUUCUUCUGUGAGCAAUGCUCGGACAAAACUUUCCAGCCCAACGAGAACUGGAUGGGAGACAAGUGCCGCCUCAG